AUGCGGGCUUGUGGUUCGCGAGAGAGGGGUCCAGCAACUGGUUUCUUGGUUCUGAGGACCACAAGUUUCUUGGCUUUGUUGAUAAGUCCUGAAGGUCGGUUAUCUAGCAUUCAAGGGUGUGAAGUGAAGGGUGUUGAAUGCACAGUUAUCGAGCCGGGACGAGCAGAAGUAGAGCUUGACUUGGUGUGUGUUUUGGAACCUGCAUUUCUACAGCAAGCGGACUUGCUUCAACAGCCGGACUUGUUGAACGUUCGUUACCAAAGCCUGUUAUACGCUGCGAGGAUGUUGCAACUUGCCUCGGAAUCUAAAAGGAAUAAGAAAGUGCCCGCCCGAACACUGGAUCGGUUUGUGCGAUAUGUAACGCAUAAGGCUAUGGAUGAAUAUAACACCAACUGGCCACGCCUUCCUGACAAUCAACUACUUCAUACACAACUCGAUACGAAGAUAGCCGGCGCCUUUGCCAAAAAGAUCCGACGAUAUCGCAACUCCCGAGCCGGCCGGAAAGCCGAAUUCCAAGAAUUACAAAUCCGCUUUGGCUCUACCUAUAGCGACGUUGACGUCUUCUCCAUCUGGACAACAGACCAAUGCACCCCGAGACCGAUCAAGAAGAAGAAUCUCUUCUUCUUCUUUUUCUGA